GGUCUUUGCAGAUAGAUUUUAUCUGAAGUUAAAUAGCAGGCGCUCUCCGCUCACUCGCCAAUAAGUCAUUUUUAAUAGAGACAAAUCGCCCUGGACGCCCAGGAGCGCCGGUGUCGCCGCUCCUGCCCGCGCCCCCCGCCGAAGGCGAGCGGGCAGCCCGGGCAGCUCCCUCCUCCCGCUGGUGAGAGCUCUGCUUGUUCUGUAAAGUGGAUGUCAGGUGGAUCUAUGUUCUGGAAGGAACAAAGAGGCAGCGAAAGCAGCGCGGGGGAAGUUUGAGCGGCGAGGAUGCAGGCUGUGUACUGGUACGCGGUCCUUCUGCUGCAGCCCACUCUCUACCUGGUUACCUGUGCAAAUUUAACAAAUGGAGGAAAAACAGAACUUCUAAAAUCAGGAAGCUCCAAAUCCACACUAAAGCACAUAUGGACAGAAAGCAGCAAAGACUUGUCCAUCAGCCGACUGCUGUCACAGACUUUUCGUGGAAAGGAAAAUGAUACAGAUUUGGACCUGCGAUACGAUGCCCCAGAAACUUAUUCUGAGCAAGAUCUCUGGGACUGGCUGAGGAACUCCACAGAUCUGCAAGAGCCUCGGCCCAGAGCAAAGAGACGGCCCAUCGUCAAGACUGGGAAAUUUAAGAAAAUGUUUGGCUGGGGAGAUUUUCAUUCCAACAUCAAGACUGUGAAGCUAAAUCUGUUAAUAACAGGGAAAAUCGUUGACCAUGGCAAUGGGACGUUUAGUGUUUACUUCAGGCAUAACUCCACUGGUCAAGGGAAUGUAUCUGUGAGCCUAGUGCCCCCUACAAAAAUAGUGGAAUUUGACUUGGCACAACAGACAGUGAUUGAUGCCAAAGAUUCCAAGUCCUUUAACUGUCGAAUCGAGUACGAAAAGGUUGACAAGGCUACCAAGAAUACACUCUGCAACUAUGACCCUUCAAAAACCUGUUAUCAGGAGCAGACCCAGAGCCACGUGUCAUGGCUCUGCUCCAAGCCCUUUAAAGUAAUCUGUAUUUACAUUUCCUUUUAUAGUACAGAUUAUAAACUAGUACAGAAGGUGUGUCCUGAUUACAACUACCACAGUGACACACCCUACUUCCCUUCAGGGUGAGGACCAACUUGUGUCUGAGACUGAAGCCUGGGGAAUAAAAGAGGUCGAAUAACAGGGCUGUAACCUCAAGGAGGAAGGCCACAUCUAUUGCCUGGAAUGUGUCUACCUGCUGCUGCUGAUGUCAAAUGGCUGCAAAUAUGUUAGUGGAAAACAAUCUAAUGUAAUUUUCGCCCAGUCAGCUCCAUGUAUCCAUCUAGGUGUAAAUCACUAUGGAUUUGAAAUAAAACCAUACACAUACACAGAGGCACACACACACGUUUCAGCGCACAUUAUUGAGAUUCCUGUUAAGAAAUCUUUCAUUGUCUGAUAUCUAAGGAUUCAGCAUAACCUACCAUCAAGCAAAAUGGAUUAACUAGACAGUACAAGGUUUCUAAGGCAGACUGUUAUGGAAAUCUCCUUGAAAGUCCUUUGAGUACAUGCCAAUCAAUAAUCCCCACUCAUGCAUUCUACUGCUUGGAGCAGCUGUACUGGUAAAUAAUACUGUAGGAAUAAAUACUUGUUCAAAUGGGAAAAAAGUGUGUUUAGAGUUCAGUAUUCCGUAUUAUAUGAACACAGCAAAGUGUCAUGACUUUUCCCAGCACACAGUAGGCACAUUCAAGGUGGUGUUGGUGGCUCUUUUCCCAUGGAGCAAGCCUGUUUCUAGUAAAGAUGGGCAAACAUUUGGAAUUUACAUGUGAGCACACAUUCUGGUUUAAUGUUUCUCUGACUCUUUAAGCUCUGAUUCUUUAAACUUGUUUGAGUUUAGGCCAGCUAAACUACUUAAAAACUGGAAUUGAUCUGUAAGAAACAAAAUGCCUGGUGGAGAACAUGUAAGUUAUAAGUGGCUGUCUUAUCUUUAUUACAAAAUAUUGUAACAAAUUCAAUAUCCUAGUCUUCAUUUGUAUGAAUGGUUUGUAUUGUACAUAAUUUAACCAGUGUUAUUUGAGCUGCUUAUUAAUAUUAACUUGUAAUUGUCUCUCUGCUUGUUAUUGUUUAAAACAAUCAAGGAAAUGAGGAUUCCAUUUUAUCAAUGUAGCUGUAAACUCCAUUAAAAGACAGAACUAUGUACAAAGCAUUUAUUCAGCUAAAGUAUUGUUGAAAGCUAUACAUAUACAACAUUACAGUCUGUCUGUAUUUAGAUAUUUUAUUUCCAGAGGGAAAAAAUGAACUGUACAUAAAAAUAAAAAAUCUUAAAGUUGAGUUUCAA